UUGGGGAUUGGCAGUUGUUUCUGUUAAGGGGGGGAGAAGAGGAAAGGGGUCUGGUCUGUCUUCCUCCUCCUUGAAUCUAGGGUUCCUGGAUUUUGGGGCUUCCUUUCAUUUCUCGCCUUCUUCUAGAUACAACAGUACGUUGACCUUGCGUGCAUCUUAAUCGACGAAGAUGACUAUCUGUGAUUCGAUGAUGGAAACGCAUGUUCCGUGCACUCUCGAGGAAGAAAGACGUAUUGUGACGGAGCUGAUUAGCGAAGCCGAAGAUAAUCUGAAAGAGGGCAACUUGUAUUUCGUCAUCUCUAACAGGUGGUAUACAAGCUGGCAGAGAUCUAGUAGAGAGCCUACUAGGCCCGGUCCGAUUGACAAUCAUGAUAUUAUUGAUACCCAAAGUGACGCUAGUGAUCCGCAGCUUUGUAGGAGGCUUGAGGAAGGUGUCGACUACGUUCUUGUUCCUCAACAAGUUUGGAGAAAACUCGUGGAAUGGUAUAAAGGAGGUCCUACUAUACAGCGAAAGUUAAUCUGUCAAAGGUUUCAGAGCUAUAGUGUGGAGGUUUAUCCACUCUGCCUUAAGCUGACAGACAGUCGAGACAAGAGCAGUGCAACCAUAAGGUCGAGCAAACAGGCUUCUGUAGGUCAACUAUAUGAGUUGGUUUGUUCUGCAAGAGGUGUAUCAAAAGAAAAGGCUCGCAUCUGGGAUUACUUCGAGAAGAAGAAAAGCGUACUCUUGGAUCCUUCAUCUGAAAGAACCUUGGAGGAAUCGUGCCUUCAAGUAGACCAUGAUAGUUUGUAUCCUAUGCAGAUUCUUCUUGAAGUUGAUGAGAAUGCGUCUUCUAAGUAUGACAUGAGCUCGGCGGGAAAUGAGUUAGCUCUUGUACCUGUAGGGCCUACGAGAUCAGAUGCUACCAAUACUAUGCCUGGUGCUAAUGGUCACUCCAACCGUUCCAUGUUUUGGAAAGACCCUUUCGAACAUGACUCCUCGAGUGGUUUUGGGGAAAGAGAAAAGAGAGGCUUAAGAGGAUUGCAUAAUUUGGGAAACACGUGUUUUAUGAAUAGCACUCUUCAGUGUUUAGCUCAUACGCCUCCUUUCGUUGACUAUUUCUUGAAAGAUUACAGCGAUGACAUAAAUGAAGAUAAUCCUUUGGGAAUGCGAGGUGAGCUUGCCACUGCGGUUGGUGAGCUUUUGAGGAAGCUGUGGUCGUAUGGAAAAAAUGCGGUUGCGCCACGCUUUUUUAAGACAGAACUUGCUAGAUUUGCACCGCAAUUUAGUGGUUAUAAUCAGCAUGAUUGUCAAGAAAUGCUUUCUUUCCUAUUGGAUGGGCUUCAUGAAGACUUGAACAAGGUUAAACAAAAAUCUUACACUGAAUCUAAAGAUUCAGAUGGUCGUCCAGAUGAUGAAGUAGCCGAAGAAAUGUGGAAAUAUCACAAGGCUCGUAAUGAUUCCGUGAUUGUUGAUGUCUGCCAAGGACAAUACAAGUCAACACUUGUCUGCCCAGAUUGUGGAAAAUUCUCAAUCACCUUUGAUCCCUUCAUGUACUUAACUUUGCCGUUGCCAACAAGUCUCACUCGGUCAAUGACUGUUUCAGUGUUUUACGGCGAUCGGACGCCAUACACAGUAACAGUUCCUAAAGAUGGUUCAUUGGGAGAUCUAAGUAAUGCAAUAGGCGCCGCUUGUGGCUUGAAAGACGAUGAAAGCCUUUUACUAGCAGAUGUGUAUGCUCACAAGGUCUAUAAAUAUCUUGAGACUCCACUGCUGUCUCUGAGUGAGAUAAGAGACAACGACCGCAUUGUGGCAUAUAGGUUCAACCAGAUGCACAGAGGACCAGGAAAAGCCAAACUAGAGAUUCUUCACUCGGAGCAGAAACAAGACGCAGAGAUUUCUGGAAAGUUAUUUGGAAUUCCCCUUGUUGCUUAUGUCAACACAGAACGACAUAGUGGAAGUGACAUUGAUGCAGUUAUUUCUGGAUUGCUAUCACCGCUACACCGGACUCAUUCACCAGCUGGAAGCUUAGAGGAUACUACAGUUGGUGAAAAAGAGUUUUCUUUCAGCGUCUUCUGGUUAGAUCGUUAUUCGUCCGGUCUCAAGCCACUUGAGUCCGAUUUUGUUCCGAAUCCUCUUAGUGCUACAAGGCUCGUGGUCAAGUGGGACGAGAAAGAGCAUGAAAAAUAUGAUUCAAGCAGCUACUUGAAUGAUCUACCUGAGGUUUAUAAAGAAACUUCCUCGGUGGCGGAAGAGGUUUCUUUGUUUUCAUGCUUGGAAGCCUUUCUAGCAGAAGAGCCUCUCGGACCAGAUGAUAUGUGGCGUUGUCCUGCUUGCAAAGAACACAGGCAAGCGAACAAGAAGCUGAACUUGUGGAAGUUGCCAGAGAUUCUUGUGUUCCACCUAAAACGGUUCGCCUAUACCAGAUUUUUAAAGAAUAAGAUUGAUACGUUCGUGAAUUUUCCGAUUCAUGACUUAGAUUUAAGCAAGUACGUGAAGAAUAAAGAGGGUGAGUCGUAUCUUUACGAACUGUAUGCGAUUAGCAAUCAUGAAGGUGGUAUGGGAGGUGGUCACUACACUGCUUAUGCUAAGUUGAUGGACGAGAACAAGUGGUACGAGUUUGAUGACAGCCGUGUUUCAGCUAUAGAUGAGUCUAAGAUCAAGAGUUCGGCCGCAUAUGUUUUGUUCUAUCGAAGAGUGAGAAGUGAGUCGGAGGCAUCGAGUAUGGAUGAGGAUUAGUUCGGAAAAUUCCCAUUGCAUUCUUCAGGAUUCAUGACCAAGUUUGCUGAUUUGCUCAAGGUUCAUUCAAUGAUUCUAAAGAUUGUUUGAUUAAGGCUUUUACCUUGUUCCCAGCGAGGGAAAUUUUUGGGGGAAACAGAUUAUAUAGAGUAUCUAGGUGGGUGGGGGAUAAUUUGGCAUAUUGUUGUUCUUCUUACAUUUCCAAAGUGACGGUGGUUAACUAA